AUGUACGACGGGACGGUGGCGAUGUAUGACAUACAGGCCAAGAAUGAGACGCCAUCCAUGGAAUCCGCGGCCAACGCCGGCAAACACUCUGAUCCCGUGUGGCAAGUCAAGUGGCUGGACAGGGGAGCCGACAGGGACGAGGUUCUCAUCUCCAUUUCGUCAGAUGGCCGAGUCACGCAGUGGUCCAUAGCCAAAGGGCUGGAGUACGCUGACGUGAUGAAGCUGAAGCGGGUGGCUCGCCGAGCACCUUCCGGCCCCAGAUCCAAGAAUGCUGCCGCCAGGAGUGCCAAUCAGGUCCCCUUCAUCAGCCGGCUAACAAGCGGAAUGUCUUUCGACUUCAGCCCUGCGGACACGAGAAUAUACAUUGCAGGCACCGAGGACGGCUGGAUUCACAAGUGCUCGACGUCGUACUCAGAGCAGUACCUUGAGAGCUACCAGGGUCACAUGGGCCCAGUGUACAGGGCGGAGUGGUCGCCAUUCCGUCAGGGCCUGUUCAUCAGCUGCAGCGCCGACUGGACCACCAAGCUGUGGACAGAAGGGAGGGAGAGCGCGCUGCUUACCUUCACCACGUCCAACGACGAAGUCAACGACGUCCGCUGGUGCCCCACGAAUUCUACUGUCUUCGGUUGCGCCACGUCAGGGGGAAGAAUCGAG